GAGAAUACUCCCUCCAUCUUCUGUUCUUUCUCCUUCUCCAGGCCGGUUUGCCUCCUCCAGGUUUCUAUUCUCCGGCUUCGAAGCCGGUCGCUUUACCGAGAACUUGAUUGACAAUCAGUACUGCUUUGUCGAUCGUCAUAAGUUCGCGUGCACAAAUCUUGCCAAUAUCUCAAUAAACACGUGACAGGUGGUUUACUCACGUAAUUUUUCAUUGUCGCAGAAAAGAUAUAAAACAGAGACAAAUAGAUACAAAAAAAUGCAUUAUUUAUAAUCCAUGCAAUUAUCAAAAGAUAAAUGGAUAUCAAAUAUUUACAUUCAGACGUUCCUUGAAAAUUCCGCGCAGUCUACAAAUAUUUUCAGUGUGUUUAAUCAUUCUUACGACGAUCAUUUUAAUUUCUUUCUUUCUCGAUUUGUAAAUAAUUUUAAAAAUUGUGAAUUGAAGUGUAAAAUACGAUUUCGUAAAUAUCCAUACAUUGCUUUCAAUUCGACCGGAAAUUUGUGGCAAAGUUCGACGUUCUCGGAACAGUGGGUGUGUCGCGGUUUGUCUCGCGAUGGAAGCAGGAUGCGAGUCGAAGGCUGGUGCCGAUAAUCUUUAUGAACCUUAUAAUAUUGAAAAAACGGAAACGAAUUUUCUGAGUCUUGAUGCAUUGCUGGCAGAUCUUCAGAACACAGUAUCAUCGGAAGGAAAUCAUGUCGGUAGUAAUGCGACUCCUGGUUAUGGAUCACUGAACGGCGCACGAACUACCACUUAUAGAUCGUACGAUAAUCGAACUUCUCCUCUUCCGCCGCAAUCGCCAACUUAUCAGAAUCGCGAAGCUAUCGAGGAAAGCAUCGCGAAAAGUAGCGGAGGAGGAAAAAUGCCUUCUUUAAACAACAAUCUCUCGGAGUUAGACACGUUGCUCCAAGAUUUAAGCAACGCCCAUUACAAUGCUCAUUAUCAGGAAAGAGAAAAUCGUAUUUCCUCGAGUGGAAUGAAUGGAGAUUCUAGUCCAAUGCUUCGUUCUCCAAGUAGCAUGUCAGCCUCGAGACCAACCGUCGAUUCAUUGCUCGAGGAGUUGAGUACCGCGGUACCAAACGGGGAUUAUCCUUCCGAUGGAAGAGUGAAAGUUACCAUACAGGAAACGUCGACGGAGAUUCAACCCGUCUAUGACGGUUAUCCUUCUAGACAACACGGAUCGUUAAAUCGUAGCGAAGUCCAGAGAAGUUAUAGUAAUGGUCAUACUGCCAGUAACGCUACCAAGGAACUCGAUGAUUUAAUGGCUUCUCUAUCCGAAUUUAAGAUCAAUAGUAGUUCCCAUCAACAUCAAACAGUGACUGAUUCUCCAUACGCUAAACCGAACAAAGCGACCAAAAGUUCACAAAGCCCGUUGCCAUCCGAGGGCACGCAAACUAGAAUUCAUAUCACCGAAACUCACACCACUCAUCACUACCAACAGCAACACGGAGAACCUUAUCCACCACAGCCAGCGACUCAGACCAAACAGAAUCAAUUGGAUUCUAUGCUAGGAAAUCUUCAAGCCGAUAUGAGUCGUCAAGGAGUGAAUACUACACAAAAAGGAUGCUGCAGCGCUUGCGAAAAACCUAUCGUGGGACAAGUGAUCACUGCUCUAGGAAAAACUUGGCAUCCAGAACAUUUCACAUGCACGCAUUGCAAUCAGGAACUGGGCACGCGAAAUUUCUUCGAAAGAGAGGGGCAUCCGUAUUGCGAACCUGAUUAUCACAAUCUUUUUUCUCCACGUUGCGCCUACUGUAAUGGCCCCAUUCUAGACAAAUGUGUGACCGCUUUGGAAAAAACUUGGCAUACGGAACACUUCUUUUGCGCUCAGUGUGGCAAACAAUUUGGAGAAGAGGGAUUUCACGAGCGGGACGGAAAGCCAUACUGCCGAGAGGAUUACUUCGAUAUGUUCGCUCCAAAAUGCGGUGGAUGUAAUCGUGCUAUUAUGGAGAAUUAUAUAUCGGCCUUGAACAGUCAAUGGCAUCCAGACUGUUUCGUUUGCAGGGAUUGUAGACAAAAAUUCCAAGGUGGCUCAUUUUUUGAUCACGAAGGUUUACCUUAUUGCGAAACUCAUUAUCAUGCUAAGAGAGGAUCCCUUUGUGCAGGAUGUCAUAAACCAAUUACAGGUCGUUGUAUAACUGCUAUGUUUCGAAAAUUUCAUCCCGAACAUUUCGUAUGCGCGUUUUGUUUAAAACAAUUGAAUAAAGGUACUUUUAAAGAACAAAAUGAUAAACCAUACUGUCAUGGAUGUUUCGAUAAGUUAUUCGGUUAAAAUUUAUUAUAAAGUAUUCAUAUUUCUAAUAAAAACGAACAAGCUAUUCUGCUUGGCAUUACAUAUUUAUAGACUGCUCAUGUAUGGUCUAUACCGCAUAGAAUAUGUAAUCGCUUUAAUCGUUAUGCAGAAAUACGUAUCAGGAUUUAAAGUUCUCGUUGUAACCCAAGGCAGUCUUUGAAAAUUUUUAUAAAUCUCAAUAUGCAAAUGGUGCAACAAUUUAAUUAUAUGUCAUGUAUUGUUAUAUAUUCUUAUAUAUCAUAAGAAUAAGAUAAUAGAAUAACUGUAGUCCUUUGUAUCUUCCAUCGUCCGAAGUAUGAAGCAUGUUGCUAAUAUUUUUAUGUAUAUUUUAUAUUACGUAUUUCGAAUUAACUGUACAAUCAAAGGAUUAUUAAAGGGUGCUAAUUAUUAGCUUAUUUUUAUUAAUAACAUAUUCGUUGACAUAUUCAAAAAAAAAAUUAUUCGAAAGAAAAAUAUUUAUGUAAAAUUGGAACGUUACUAAACAUUCGCUGUGUUUUUGAUAGAUUUGAUAUACAAAUUUGAAAAAUAUUUAUAUUUACAACUGAAAUACAUAGUUAAGAUCAUUAAUAUUUGUCGAAUUUCUACUAAAUAUUCGCAAGAAAUAUAUAAUUAAUUAUAAAUCUAAUAAAAUGAAUUAAUCAAAAACAAAAUACAUAAUGUAAAACAGUAAAAA